GUUUCAUCGAAGUUUGAUUGGAAAAAGAGGUUGAUUUUGGGUUUGUGCGAAGUUUGAUUUUGGGUUUGUGCGAAGUUUGAUUUUGGGCUUCACGAAAUCCUUUCUCUAAACCCCAUUUUGUCAAACGAUACCCUUCAACUUGCUGUGACGACACCAUUCGCUCACUGAAAAACGAAGCUCUCUUCGCUCACUCUCACUUCACCGAAACAGUUACGACAACGAAGCUGAGAGGAAACUAUCGCAGUGACGACGAAGCUGAGAGAAACCAUUUCGCAGUGACGACAACGAAGCUGAGAGGAAACCAUUUCGUGACGACAUUGAUUAGUAUUGUUGUUUUACUUCAGCUUGGUACUGCUAUUGUACUUAAGGAUGCAGGAUGGCUGAAGAUACUUCUAGUAGCUUAUUUUUCGGUUCAUUUCUCAACCAUAAUCUGUUCUUGGCAAUCCAUGAGCUCAGCCACAAUCUCGCUUCUCAUCUCCAGCAUACAACCGUUGGCUCGGGAUUUUCGCUAACCUCCCUAUCGGUGUGUGGAGCAAUAACAGCAGCAGGAUUAAUGGCAGCACAUGGUAACAAGAAUAGUUGUAAGAAGUAUGGGAUUAUUACCCUCACUGACUGCCGGUCGACGCUUGACCCACCGCUCUCAACUCACCAAUUUGACUUUCAUGGACGCUGACCUGAACCAAGAUGGCAAAAUAAACAUGGUCGAGUGGCGAAAAUUUAUACCUUAUGUUUGGUGCUUUAUGGAAAUUCCUUUUCCGGGUCUGUUCCAAAUGAGAUUCAGAAUCUUAAGUACCUUCAAACUCUUGAUUUGUCUCAGAAUUUCUUUAACGGGUCAUUUCCUGAUUCAGUUCUUGAAUGUAAGAGACUUAAAGCUCUUGUUUUGAGUAGGAACAAUUUUACUGGCUUUUUUCCUAAUGGAUUUGGUGCUGGUUUGUCUUCUCUUGAAAAGCUUGAUCUUUCUUUCAAUGAUUUUCAUGGUUUGAUUCCUAGUGACAUUGGAAAAUUGUCGAGUUUGCAAGGAAAUCUUGAUUUGUCUCAUAAUCAUUUUAGUGGUUCAAUUCCGACUAGUCUUGGAAAUUUGCCUGAAAAUGUUUAUAUAUACCUCAUUUUGAAUGCUAGUUCUGUACGGGCUUUCAUUUGUUGAUUAUGUAUAAAGGAAAAUUGUAUUCAUCAUGUAGUAUCUCUCUUUACACAUGAGUGUUUUGAAUUUGAUAGGGUGUAAAGGUUUAGGAUCUCAUGUAUUGCACUGGUUGUAAACUUCAACCGGCGCAAAGGAAACAUCUAUUAAGAAAGUUGUGGCAAACUUCUCUCGAAAUCGAAGAUUAUCUUCGGGAUCAACUCAGUGCAAAAAACACGGAAGUGAACUAUCUAAAAGAGCAUGCUUGCGAUCUUGAUUUGAAGUUCAAGGAGAUGGAAGAUUUACGAAAAGAAGUUUUCACCUUAAGGGAGGAACUGAAUAUCUCCAAUUCAAAGCAAUUUUCUUUGAUUCGUGAGCUAGAGACUAAAGAAGCGGAGUUAGAGCUAUCAGCAUUGUCCGUGGAGAAACUGGAUGAACCAUUUUCAUCCAUGGAGUCUCAGUUUGAAGUUGAAACUAUGAAGCUUGAUAUGAUGGCCUUGGAACAGGAUUUAUUUGAGACCAAGAAAGUUCAGGAUGAAACUCUAGAAGAAAAUAAUAGAAUGAGUAGAUUGAUUAAUGAGUUACAGGGUGCAUUGCAUGAAGCACAAGAUACUAUCGUCUAUUUGAAUGAAGAAAAUAAGGAAAUUAAAGAGAAGCUUGACACUGCCAACAUGAAUACUAGAUUGUUUUCUCAAAAGGUUGAAGACUGGCUGGAAAGCAAGGACAGACUGCAAAUCAAGGAUCAGUCGAGAAGCAAAGCAGAGGACACAAGGUACAUAAAUUUUGUAAUAUGUUUGAUGAAUUAAAAUGUAAAAUUUGUGCAUUUAAGUAACUUUACAUAGGUUUUAUUGUG